GUUGGAAUCCUUGCGAAAUCCUACAUUGAUCAAGGGCGGCUUAUUCCAGAUGACAUAAUGACAAGACUAAUGCUGAAUGAGCUAAAAGGUCUAGAUCAGUACAACUGGCUGUUGGAUGGUUUCCCCAGAACGGUUGCUCAGGCAGAAGCCCUGGAUAAAGAAUGUCAAAUAGACACUGUGAUUGACCUAGAUGUACCAUUUGAUACCAUAAAAUGUCGGCUCACAGCACGCUGGAUCCAUCCUGCCAGUGGCAGAGUCUACAAUCUGGAAUUCAGUCCUCCCAAAGUGCAGGGCAUUGAUGAUAUUACCGGAGAGCCACUUGUUCAGCGUGAUGAUGAUAAGCCAGAGACAGUUACGAAGAGGCUGCAGGCUUACGAUGCACAAACAAAACCUGUUCUAGAAUAUUAUCGGGAAAAAGGAUUACUGAAAUCCUUCCCUGGAACAGAAACCAAUAAGAUCUGGCCACAUAUCUAUGCUUUCCUCCAAACCAAGUUGCCAGAUGUAAACCAGAAAGAUGCUGCCACUACCAGGUGAAAAUAGGUCUAAAUUCUGCUCAUCUGUCAUAGCUCACACUUGAUUACAUGAGAUUCAGCAGUCAAGGAUUUCUCUUAAGUAGACUACCAGACUGAUCAAUAAUUAAAGUUUAAUGUUGUCCUUAACUUACAUUAUGAUAAAACUUUGUUGCUUGUGGUUCUCACUUUAAUGCUGUAUUUUUUUUAUAUUAAAUAUACCUAAAUUUUAUAGUACUUCAACAA